ACGACGCUCAACGUCACACCUACUGCUCUGUCUCACACGCACUCUCUCUCUCUCUCUCUCUCUCUCUCUCUCUCUAUGUCGAGAGAGACGUGCACAGUAGAGACCAGCGAUGGCAUCGCUCUGGAUACCCGAAUCUUCAAGCCAACCACCACCACCACAACGACGGAGGUACCAAAGGGCAAUAUUGUAAUUGUACUGAUCCACCCAUACUCAGUACUGGGAGGUUGCCAAGGCCUCAUGAAGGGCAUGGCUCGAGGGCUGGCCAAUAAGGGCUUCACUGCUAUCACCUUCGACAUGCGAGGAGCUGGUAAAUCCACCGGUCGCCCUUCUCUCACUGGCUUCUCCGAAGUCAAAGAUGUCGUUGCUGUUUGUAAAUGGGUAUCUCAAAAUUUGUCUACUAAUCGGAUUCUGCUUGUGGGUUCUUCAGCAGGUGCACCAAUCGCUGGCUCUGCUGUUGAUCAGAUAGAGGAAGCUGUUGGUUAUGUGAGUUUGGGUUAUCCUUUCGGCUUGAUUGCUUCUAUUCUCUUUGGGAGACAUCACAAGGCAAUAUUACAGUCGCCAAAACCAAAACUCUUUGUCAUGGGGACCAAGGAUGGUUUCACAAGUGUGAAACAGUUGGAGAACAAGUUAAAAUCUGCAGCAGGCCGUGUUGAAACUUAUCUAAUCGAAGGAGUUAGCCAUUUCCAAAUGGAGGGACCUGCACAUGAUGCUCAAAUGGUGGAUCUGAUUGUUGGAUUCAUAGCUUCAUUGUGAGAUCCGGCAACUUAAUGGGGGCAAUGCCUCGUUUGCAUUUGUUAUCCUUUGAACAUGAUUAGUGAUAGCAAAAAAUAUGACUUGUUUAAAUUGUGGUAAUGAGAAUGAUCUGUUUGAUGAUUGUACUGUUACAGAACCUGGAAACAAGAGUAAUCUGUAAAUUAUUUCUCUAGGAUUUGUUGUUAAUGAAAAGCAAGUAUGCUUUCUU